AUGACCAAGGGAAAGCACUACUGCGACUACUGCGACGUCUUCCUGACGCACGACUCCAUCUCGGUGCGUAAGGCCCACAACAGCGGCAGGAACCACAUCCAGAAUGUACGCGACUACUACUCGGGCCUCGAGCCGGACCAGGUGCAAAAGAUCAUCGACUCGAUCAACAAGGCGUACGAGGAGCGCGGCCUGCCCAAGCCGAGGGACCUCGAGAGGCCCGUCGGGUUCGGCUCCUCGAUGACGUUUGGCAGCGGCCCGAUGAGUGGGGUCGGCGGCGGACCAGGAGGUCCCCGGUGUCCGCAGCGCUGA